UCUGAAUACUUUCCGUACCCACCGUAUGUUGCUUAUUGACCUGAGACAUGUUGCUUAUUGAACUGAGACGUGUUGCUUAUUAGAAUGGAAUGUGUUUUUCUGCUGAAGGAAGUCGAUGCUGUGUUUAACAUAGGAGUUCCUAUGUCUAGGAGAUUGACCUCUGGGGUUGAUCAAUGGGGGUCUUGUUCUUUGACCAGUUGUCUUGUAAUAGGAAUCAUGUGUUGCGACCUCAUACUUCACCAACCCUUUAUAAGUGAGCGCAUCCUGUUAUUCAGAGAGAUUUCAUAUUGGCUCUGAAUUCUCCAUCAGGCAGACCAUGGUGCCUGAUCAGAUGCUGUGUUCUUUGCUAUAAAAUUAUUAUUAAGCAAGUUAGUGUCAACAGACAUUUUCUUCAACAUCUGCACAUCCUCGAUGUCUAAGAGAAACUACAAAAAUUUGACGCUGUGAGCAGGGUCUGCUUGUGGCCUACAGAAGCCGGUUCACUGACAGCUUUAACGGACUUUCUCCUGCACCAACAUUGACGUCAGAGGGCAUGGGUUGCUCAUGAGCUGUCAGCACAAGCCAUUCAGAGGUCUCACAUUCCAGCGGGAGCUGAAGAAGUACGAGGAGGUGGAUGAAGACGAGCUUUUGGCCACGUUGUCCUCUGCGGAGCUCCAGGAGCUGGAGAGGGAGCUGGCUGACCUCGACCCUGACGAUAACAUCCCCAUUGGCCUCAGGCAAAAAGACCAAACUGCCAAAAUCCCAACAGGGACAUUUGACAAGGAGUCUCUGCUAAAAUACUGGGACAAUGAGAACAAGAAGCUGUUGCUAGAUGAGAAGGUGGAAUCCAACCUCGGACAGGAGGGACUCCCAGAUAAGAGCAGGGGGAUGGUGACCACCAGUAACACCUGUAAGACCCUGGACAGUGACAGGAAGAUUUCACACAAGGGGAAAAAAGCGGGAAGGAGUGUUUGUGGCAAAAAUGACUCAAAGGAAGAUGAAGUAGAAAAGAAAGAUGAAUGUAAAAAAGAACUUUUGAUAGGAAGGAAGUGUCUGAAGAAGAAUGGCCUGUCAAAAGUCAUGAGGAGUGAAUCCAAGGGCACUGAAACCCCAAGCCAGAACCUGGAUGUGAUCUCUGAAAGACCCAGUGGGAACCCCAUUGUUAUCAGCAAAGCUCUGGAGCAGAUUCUGAGUGACGACCCUGCAAUGAUGGAGGUCAACCUCAACAACAUUGAAGACAUCUCCCAGGAUACCUUGCUCCGUUUCGCUGAAGCCUUGUGCACAAACACUCACGUCCACAUUUUCAGCCUCGCCAACACCCAUGCUGAUGACCGGGUUGCCUUUGCAGUCUCCAAGAUGCUCUGUGAGAACAAUUCCAUCAGAAACCUGAAUAUUGAGUCCAACUUUAUAUCUGGUCAGGGUAUCCUGGCUCUGCUGACAGCACUGAAACACAACAGGACAGUGGUGGAACUUCGCUUUCACAACCAGAGGCACAUCUGUGGUGGGAAAGUGGAGAUGGAGAUGGUCCAACUACUGAGAGAAAACACCACUCUGCUUAAGCUUGGCUACCAGUUUGACCUCCCAGGUCCGAGAAUGAUGGCAACCAGUAUUCUGACGCGUAACCAGGACCAACAGCGACAGAGGAGGCUCCAACAGAGUAAGGAACAGAGUCCUGCAGAGGUGCCUGGGCAAGUUGCUGGUUCAGCAGCAGCAAACAAACCACCAAAAAAGUCGUCACAUCACAAAACUGAAAAUCAGAACAAAAACCCUCCUCCUUUAUCUCAAGAUCCAACAAGGAAGAUUGUUGAAAUGGUCAAAGAGCAUGAAUGCUCAAACAGCACAAAGGCCCAGCUAAAUCAGAGGAAACCCAAGUUGAAGAAACUAAAGAAGGGUGUGAAUGAAAAAGAUAUAAGUGCAGAUAUUCUCAAAGACCUGAAGAAUGCCUUGAAGCCAUCAAUGCAGGAGAAACGAGACGAAUCCUCCCACCUGCCGCCGCCUCAGAGGUCAAGCCAUGAUGACCUGAUGGCAGCGAUCCGUGGGAGUAGCAUCACUUCCUUAAAAAGGGUGGAUAUGUCACAGACCUGAGCUGCCUGAUUGGUUGCAACUGAACUGUUCUCACCUUGUACUGAAACAUUUUGUUUUUAUGUCACGCUAAUGUCACUUUUUUAAAGACAAUAUUUAAUUUAACUUGUCACACGAUAUAGCAGAACACUGCAUCUCUGUGUGUUUCAGAUAUCACUGUAUUAUGUUACUGUGGUGAAACCUACUGUGAAUACACGUGAAUUGAAAUAAACUUUAAAUUUGGACAAAAA